AUGGAUGACUCGUAUUUAGACGUAGCAGCCGGCUAUGUCGACGAGUGUAAAAUAACACAAAAGAAUUAUCAUUCGUUCACCCCAUAUUCAAAUAUGUCUUUUUCUAAUAACGAUGAAAUUAGAAUAAGUGUUUUAAACAUGGAUUCUUACACUUUUCCGUGUGAGAGUUAUCUGUACAUCGAGGGAAAAGUAAAUAAACCUACCGAUGCUGUUGGAGACGUUAGUUUUUCGAAUAAUGGAUUGGCGUUUUUAUUCUCCGAAAUGCGAUACGAGAUAAACGGAGUAGAAGUACAGAAAAUAAAAUCACCCGGAAUUUCGUGUUGUUUGAAAGGUUACUGUUCAUAUACUCCAAACGACUUGAACGCGCUGGAGAAUGCGGCUUGGGGGUCGUCGUUGGGUAGUAACGAUAAUAAUAAAAAUUUCAUGGCCAACAAUGUGUUUACCGGCUGCGUUCCACUGAAACAUCUAUUUGGAUUUUUUGAAGAUUACAAAAAAAUAUUACUUAAUUGUAAUCAACAAUUGAUUUUGAAUCGCUCGUCAACCGAUUUCGACACAUUACACGUUAUUGAUAACUCUGAGAAAAAUAAAAAAAUUACCGUCGAACUGACUAAGAUAUUAUGGAAGAUGCCUAUUAUCAAAGUUAGUGAUAAAGAAAAAUUAAGACUGUUAAAAAUAUUGGAUUCUCGUAAAACGUUAUCGUGCGCGUUCAGAACCUGGGAUCUCUGCGAAUAUCCAGUGCUACCUAAAAAUACUUCACAUUCGUGGACUGUAAAGUCUAGCAAUUUACUCGAAAAACCUAGAUUUGUAUUGAUAGGAUUUCAAACGGAUCGAAAAAAUAAUAUAACACUCGAUGCCGGUCGAUUUGACCACUGUAGGUUGAAAAAUCUUAAGGUAUACUUAAAUUCUGAAGCGUAUCCGUACGAAGAUUUCCGAGCAGACUUCCAAAACAAACAAACUUCGAUACUGUAUAAAGCUUACACAGAUUUUCAAAAAGAGACUACUGCGAGCCGUUACUGUCAAAACAUAUUUAUCAAAACCAUGUACCAAUCGUCGUUGUCGAUCUAUCGCAUCAAAACGACAAUGUGA